AUGUUUCACCGGCUUUCGAGCCUGCUCCUCUUCCUGGAUCUGACCGCCAGUGCGUUCUCAUUGCCCAACUCCCACAACGCACCCCAUGCCCCUUUCCCUAGACAGGAGGACCUAGGCCCCAACCCGAUCGACCCAGGCUGGUACGCCGACCCGGACGCCAUAAAGACUAGCAACGGGACGUACUUCAUCUACGCGACCCUCUCGAUCGCGUUUGACUCCCAGACAACCUUUGACGCCUUCUCCGCGUCCUCCCUCGCAGGGCCCUGGACCAAACACCCCGCCGUGUUUGAUCCCGUGGCCGGCGGCGGCUCGGCAUGGGCGAACAGGUGGCUCUGGGCGCCCUGCACGGUCGAGCGCGACGGCAAGUUCUGGUUCUACUACACGGCCAACGACCCAAUCGACUACGAGGACACGGCGGGGAUCGGGGUCGCCGUGUCUGACUCCCCCGCGGGGCCGUUUGUCGACGCCAUCGACAGGCCGCUGAUCGGCAAGCGCUACGGCGGCGCAAACGCGAUGGACCAGCAGGCCUUCCGAGACCCCGGCGACGGAAAGUGGUACCUGAUCUGGGGCGGGAGCUUUACCAGGAUCGUGCCCCUGGGGGACGACAUGGCGAGCAUCGCGCCCUGGGAUGAUGACGGGUCUACCGAGCCGCGGGACAUCACUCCCAAUGAAGGGUUCGGCGAGGGGAGCUACAUGCUCAAGCGGGGCGGGUGGUAUUACUUGAUGUGGUCCGAGGGCGGGUACGGUACGCCCGACUACCGCGUGGCGUAUGCGCGGUCCGAGAGCCUGCUGGGACCGUUUGUGCGGAUCGGCCUGAUCCUGGACAAAGGCGACAGCUCGGUCGCGGACGGGCCGGGCCACCACUCGAUCAUCAAGGAGGGCGAGGAUGAGUAUUACAUCGUUUAUCACCGCCGGAUCUUGGGGGACACGGUGGCAGACCAUCGCGUGUUGGCGGUGGAUCGGUUGGUGUUUGACGAGGACGGGUGGAUUGAACCUGUCGUCAUGCAUUGA